UGGAAGACCUACAAUCCAACUUUUUCACAAGUGGAAAUAUGGUUCCGAUUUGUCUUUGUAGUUCUUACUUUUAUGGUCACGUGUCUGUUUGCUCAUUCCCUGCGGAAAUUCUCCAUGAGAGACUGGGGUAUUGAACAGAAAUGGAUGUCCAUCCUCCUUCCCCUCCUGCUACUUUACAAUGAUCCCUUUUUCCCCCUUUCAUUUCUGGUGAACAGCUGGUUUCCUGGAAUGCUGGAUGAUCUAUUCCAGUCCCUGUUUCUGUGUGCAUUGUUGUUGUUCUGGCUGUGUGUCUACCAUGGCAUAAGAGUACAGGGGGAAAGGAAGUGCUUAACUUUCUAUCUACCCAAAUUCUUCAUUGUUGGACUAUUGUGGCUGGCCUCUGUUACACUAGGAAUAUGGCAAACUGUGAAUGAAGUGCAUGAUCCUACAUAUCAAUACGGGGUUGACACAGGCAAUUUCCAGGGAAUGAAAAUCUUCUUCCUUGUGGUGGCAACCACGUACGUUCUCUACCUGUUGUUCCUGAUAGUGAGGGCAUGCUCAGAGCUUCGUAACAUGCCUUAUGUUGAUCUCAGGUUAAAAUUCUUGACUGCAUUAACCUUUGUAGUGCUCGUCAUUAGCAUUGUUAUACUCUACCUACGCUUUGGAGCACAAGUUCUCCAGGACAACUUUGUUGCUGAGCUGUCGACUCAUUAUCAGAAUUCAGCAGAAUUCUUAUCAUUUUAUGGUCUAUUGAACUUUUAUCUCUACACAUUAGCCUUCGUGUAUUCCCCGUCCAAGAACGCGCUAUAUGAAUCACAGUUGAAAGACAAUCCCGCCUUUUCGAUGCUGAAUGAUUCGGAUGAUGAUGUGAUUUAUGGGAGUGACUACGAAGAGAUGCCGCUGCAGAACGGCCAGGCUAUUAGAGCCAAGUAUAAAGAGGAAUCGGACAGCGAUUGA